AUGUCAGAGGCCCCUGACAAAAGACGCUUGGUCAAAAGAUCUUUGGCCAAGCUAGAGUCUGAAAUGAUCUUACUUCAGGAAACCAAAUUUAAUGGUCAUAAGGUGGUCGAACUCAUAAAAUUUUGCAAUAAGUGGGAAGGAAUAUUUCAAGACGCCAGAGGAUCUACUGGAGGACUUGGAAUUCUAUGGAACUCAAAGGUUUUCGAGGUAAUCCCAUUAGAGUCCAACGAGUUUUGGAUGGCAUGCAACAUUAUAUACAAACCAAGAGGUUUUGGAUUUCCCCUAUUUAAUAUAUAUGGGUCGAUUAAGAUAGAUGAAAAGCUAAGAGUAUGGUCAAAGAUAUAUGAGCAAUUGCAGCUUUUAGAAAUGCAUAAGGUAAUUUUGGCUGGGGACUUCAAUGCAAUUUUAGAUAUUGACGAUGAGGAAGGUGGGCUGAGGAAGAGCACUAGAGUAAUGGAAGACUUCAAAGAGUUCAUUUUGAACUGUCAAGUGGUGGAUGUUAUUCUGAAGAAUGGUAAGUUCACAUGGACCAAUAGAAGGCUUAACUUUUCUAAAAUUUCUGAAAGAUUAGAUCUCUUUUUUGUGGGGGAAUGGUGGAUUAAUGGUAGCUUCUCCAUUGACACUAAAAUCAUCCCGCAAGCUGGAUCGGAUCAUCUCCUGGUUACUUUGUCAAUUAACCAUGAGGCGCAUAAGAACAGAAAUUACUUCAAAUUUCAAAGUAUGUGGUGGAGGGACACUAAAUUCAUUGAUCUACUCAAAACAUGGUGGCUGGAAAGUAAUUCUUUUUCAAGCUCCCCUAGCUUCUAUUUUAUAAAGAGAAUUCAAUAUAUCAAAAACAACAUUAAACUCUGGAACAAAUCCUCAUUCAAGAAUAUAUUCUCUGAAAAAAUUAGAAUUGAGGAAGAAUUGGAAGAAAUCAAUAAUCAAGUCAUGCUAAUUGGGAUGGUCAGGGAAGACUACUUAAAGGAAAAAUUCCUCAAGGAACAUGGAGGCAUUUUGAGAAGUAUUGAGGCUGAGCUAGAGCAUGAGGCACUCGACCAUUUUGCUAAAUUAUUGGGCAGUUUCUGUCAGGUAGGAGAUAUGUCGGAUAAUAGGCUCCCUAAACUUAUGCACAAGAUGGUAAGUGUGGAGGAGGCUAAACUGCUCUGUGAACCAUUCUCCCUAGAAGAAGUCAAAAGGGCCACUUUUGAACUCCAUCCCCACAAGCCACCAGGCCAGGACAGUAUGAUAGCAGAGUUUUAUCAGAAGUGUUGGGACUUUUUGGGAUAUGGUAUAUGGUUGGUAGUAGAAGAAUUCAGGGAAAAAGGGAAGUUUUUAAGAGAGAUGAACAAUACAGUCAUUGCAUUAAUUCCCAAAAAAUAG